AUGGUCUUCACUCCCACCGCUCCUCUGGGGCGCGCUCUCCGUCGUCUCGCCCUCACAACCAAGCAAGCCGGCAAGGAUUACUACAAGGGUACCGGUUCUGGCUCCAUGGGUCGUCACACCAAGUACGGUGGCUACCGCAUCGACUGGUCAAAGGUCCGCACCUAUGUCGUCCCUGACCUGUCCGACUUUGCUCUCAAGCCUUUCGUCGCCGAGAACAUCGAGAAGCCUACCAAGAAGCACGAAUUUGCCGGCAUCAUGUCUGGUCAGAAAUACCUCGAUGCAUGGAAGUACCAGGGCGGCGACAUCUAA